AUGAACGCCAAUUUCCAAGAUGGCGGCGGAGGGAGGAGGGAAGGAGAUGAACGAAAUUAAAACUCAAUUCACCACACGAGAAGGUGUCUACAAACUCCUCACUCACUCCGAAUACAGCCGCCCGAACAGGGUGCCUUUCAACUCGCAAGGCUCCAACCCCGUCAAGGUCUCCUUCGUCAACGUAAACGACCAGUCCGGCAACGGCGACAGGAUCUGUUUCAAUGUGGGCCGGGAACUGUACUUUUAUAUCUACAAAGGCGUGAGAAAGGCUGCUGAUCUUAGUAAGCCCAUAGACAAGAGGAUAUACAAAGGAACGCAGCCCACGUGUCAUGACUUCAACCCGAUCACAGCGACGGCAGAGAGCGUCUCCCUGCUGGUGGGCUUCUCAGCAGGCCAGGUGCAGCUCAUCGACCCGAUAAAGAAGGAAACGAGCAAACUCUUCAAUGAAGAGAGACUUAUAGACAAGUCCCGAGUAACAUGUGUGCGAUGGGUUCCUGGUUCAGAGAGCUUGUUUCUGGUGGCUCACUCCAGUGGCAGCAUGUAUUUGUACAACGUGGAGAACACCUGCGGCACCACGGCGCCUCACUACCAGCUCCUGAAGCAGGGCGAAAACUACGCCGUCCACACCUGCAAGAGCAAGUCGGCUCGCAACCCGUUGCUGCGCUGGACGGUGGGCGAAGGGGCGCUCAACGAGUUCGCCUUCUCCCCGGACGGCAAGUUCCUGGCUUGCGCGAGCCAGGACGGCUUCCUGCGGGUGUUCGGCUUCGACGCCGCCGAGCUCCACGGAACAAUGAAGAGCUACUUCGGCGGUUUGCUGUGCGUGUGCUGGAGCCCGGACGGACGGUACAUCGUGGCCGGAGGGGAGGACGACCUGGUGACGGUGUGGUCGUUUUCGGACUGCAGAGUGAUCGCGCGGGGGCACGGUCACAAGUCGUGGGUGAGCGUGGUGGCGUUCGACCACUGCACCACCAGUGUGGAGGACGGCGACCUGCCCGCAGAGUUCAGCGGCAGUGACGAGGAAUUCCACGAGCAGAUUCACUUCGGUGUGGGUAGAGACAGAGCGAACAGCGCUCACUCUCGGCUCUCGAAGAGAAACUCUACGGACAGUAGGCCUGUUAGUGUCACCUACAGGUUUGGCUCAGUGGGCCAGGACACCCAGCUGUGUCUGUGGGACCUAACGGAGGACAUUCUUUUCCCUCACCUCCCUUUGUCCCGCACCAGGACUCACACUAACGUUAUGAGUGCUACAAGCCCUCCAGCCACUGGACAAACUACUACUACAACUACAACUACUACUACUACUACGACUACUGCGACUGCUACUGCGACUGUACCCGCCACCAAUCCCAGUGGCACCAAUGGUAAAGACAAUACGAGCAAUAGUAGCACCAGUGGCAACCCACCGAACUCCCUCCCCAGCACCCUGCCUCGGUCCAACAGCUUGCCACACUCCUCCAACCCAACAGGGGGCAGCACCCCCAACAGUCACACAGGCAGCAGUAGCAGCAGUACCACCGCCGCCGCCGCCUCCUCCACCACCACCACCACCACCACCUCCACCAAGGCCAACAGCAUCAUUGACAGCGCUUUCAUUGCCACCGGCGUCAGCAAGUUCGCAACUCUGUCGUUGCACGACUCGCGCAAGGAGCGCCACGAGAAGGACCACAAGCGAAACCACAGCAUGGGUCACAUCAGCAGCAAGAGCAGUGACAAGCUCAACCAGCUGAGCUCGACACGGACGGCAAAAGCGGAGGCCGCUAAGACUCUGGGCACUCUGCUGUGCCCGCGCAUGGAGGACGUGCCGCUGCUCGAGCCGCUGGUGUGCAAGAAGAUCGCUCACGAGAGACUCACUGUGUUAAUCUUCCUUGAGGACUGUCUGGUAACAGCCUGUCAGGAGGGUUUCGUUUGCACAUGGGCUAGGCCCGGGAAAGUGGGUUUGCUAUCAUCUCAAAACAACCCAGCCAACUCCCCCAGUGGAACAGUAGUAUAGCCCCAGUGCUGGUGCUGCUAAUGACAGCUCCAUGCAACAGAGACGGGGAUGACCAAGGCCAAGGUCCUGCAGCGCUCCUCCACAUACUGUCACACACACCACAUGAUCUUCCAGUGUCACCUUCAUUCUCAUCACUACAGCCAUCCAGAUGCUCUCUUUGUGUUACUGCUCAUGCUUUAGCGAUAACCGAUGUUUGCCAGGCCAUCGGUUAGAAACUUGACGCCCUGUUGUCUGGGCGUAACAUAAAAAAAGGGUGCUAUUGGAAGUAAGGUGGCAAGCUUUAAAUCGUCCAGGAGGUUUAUGGGAGGGAUCUGCUGGCUCAUUGUACCGUCGAUGGUCAUAUCAAGUCGUGUCUAGUCUGAAAAUAACAAACUCUAGUACCCAACCCUUUGUGCCUGUAGAUCUGUAACGACUAGACAUGCUGAAUGCAUUGUGGCGAUGCCUCAACCCAACCCUUUUGUGUGGGUUUAAUUCGGAGAUUUCUUUUCCUGUAUUUUUGUUUCUUCAAAUGUCUUCAUGGAAAAAGGGAAUUAGAUGAGGGGUUGUUUAGGAGCAGCAGCCACAUCUCUUUUCAUUUUCCACUUCCUGGGCGAUCUGUUGUGCAGCCCGAGUACCUGACACCUGUUCAAGAGAAACCGGAGCGUUUCACUUCCUCUACGACUAUUUUAAUCAGUAGUAUCACACGUUAAAGUGUAUUUGCACAGAUUUUCUUUCAUUUCUUGUUGCUUUAACCAUUUUUUUUUUUUUUUUUUUUUUUUUUUUUUUGAGUUCAUGGCUGUGGAACGCGAGCAAAAUAUUUUGGAAGACCGCUUUGGAAGCACUUGGGGAAACGGCUUCUUAUUGCCCUCUGUCUCCGCUGGAUGCUGCAAUCAUAGUUUUUUUUAUAUGGAAAAAAAAUUGUUUGCACUUAGUAGUUUGUUAGAGGAGAAUGGCUUUACAUUUUUUUGGAGUGUGUAAGGACUCCUUGACAAGGUUGAAAUAUUAAUAGAAUUUAAAAAAAGAAACCUUUGUAUCUAUUGAACAUUUAUUUUAAUAUUGUUUCAGAUUAAAUGGGCUCUGUAUUAUAUGUAAAUAUUGUACUUCAAUGAUUUAUGGGUGAAAUGAUCAUGAUUACGUUAGUUCACAGAUCCUUAUUUCAGAAAAUAGUGAUAUUUCUAAUACAGAAGAUCUAUACCUAAUAUUAAAUGAAUCUUGAAUAUGCAGGUGAACAUGUUUCCUUUCUGUUGUACAUAAAGAGAAUUCAGGUGUAUUUUUAUUAAUGAAAACAUUUGGUAUAGGAGACAUCUAUGAAACCCUCUUAAAUAAACAGGUAGUGCUGAAUGCUAGCUAGCCUGUCGCUGCAGACUCCUUUCACAACAAUAGGCAGGUGGGCGCAGAUGCAGCGGUCUAAUUCAGCCAUCACUCCGAGCUCAGGUAAACCACAGGAAGAAUAACGCUGGCAUAGCCCCCCCCCCCCCCCUCCCCAGUCCCAUCCAUCAACAUGUGUGUGAAUUCACUUUAACUAACAAAUCAGACCCAUGUUCUGCAGACGGUGCUGAGAUCUGGGAGUCUUUGGGUUUUUUGUGAGUAACUUACUGAACUGAUGAACAAACGUUUGACACUGUGUUGAAAUACCAACUUAACUAACGUUGGCACGUGAUGGUGUUGGCGGUGGUGUGCGUGCUCGAGGUGUUUUUGCAAACGCCCACAUAGAGAGACUGAGGAUAUUAACAGUGGGAGCCUUUUUCCUCCAUGUGACGCCUAUUAAAAACAGCUUUGACAGA